AUGGGUGCUCUAGCCGGUGGUGCAGCAGGCGCCUUCGGUGCGCACAAGAUGGGCCAUGGUGUCCUCGGCGGCAUCGGCGGAGCCGUAGCCGGCAGCAUGCUCCAAGACACGUACAAGAAGAAGCACAAGAAAGAAAAGAAGCACAAACAGCACGGUGGACGCCGUGGCUCCAGCUCAUCUAGCUCGUCCAGUUCCUCCGACUCUGACUCUUCGCAUGGCAAGAAGAAGCGACAUGGCGCGACGGCGGCGCUCGCUGGCAACUUCCACGCCUCUUGUCGUGACGUGCAUCUGGAAGGCGCCAGACUCGUCGCUCAUGCUUGCAAUACUCAUGGCCAUCACGUCCGAUCGGAUAUUGACUUGAAUGACUGUUUCACGAACACGAAUGGUGCGCUUCAUUGGGCGAAAGGGGGUAAUUUCGCAGCCAGUGCGCGCGACAUGCGUCUUUCUGAGGGUGGGAGGGUUUUUGAAGCGGAGCUUGGCGAUGGGCGAGGAGGGUGGCGGCGUAAUGCUGUUAAUUUGGAUGAGAGGAUCACGAAUGAGGAUGGGCGGUUGAUGUUGGUGCAUUGA